UAUCUAAUUAAAAUAUAGAUAUAAUUUGUGACAUUUUAUCUGUAUCCUUUAAUUAGAUUAAUUAAUUAGAGAGUAAGGUGUGAAUUAUUUAUUUAAUUAAUCCUAUUGAUUGUUAAUUAAGUUUAUGGCAAUUAUCUGAUCAGUGUUUGUGACUGAACUGCCACCAUACGUGAACAAGAUCGGGCAUGCAAGAUUCAACAAUUUGUAGUGACGAGACGGUGUACAAAAUUGAAGGUGGGAUUUAGAAUAUUAUUAUCUAUGAACAUAUACUGAUUUUGGGAUGUAGUUAUCAAUUGUGUUGCAUUUAGUUGACUUUGGAUACAAUUUUGCUGUUUUAUGGUGCUUAAUUUGCAGAAAAUAUUUGAAAUAUAUAGAUUUGAUAUGAACCACAGAAUGACAUAAAAUGGAUGACAGAGUUCACAGAUUAACAGAUAAUUUACAGGGGACGACAAGAAACCUGCGCUCCUUAGAUCGCAUGUUAGAUUCUUAUCGUGAUGUAACGAGAGAACAGAAAAGCUCAGUUGAUAGGUUACGUGAUGAGGUAUCGAGAACAAACGAUCAGGUCAGACGAGAAAGAGCAAGAAGUCCGUCAUACAGAGAUUAUGGGGACAGUGGAGGACAGAGUGAUAGUGAAUUUGAAGGUUCUCCGACUGUGAGCAGACGGCGAAGGAAGAGAAGUUCUACUGUACGGUUCGCUGAUGAUAUGAACAGAGAACUUCACACUUUAAAUAAUUCAUUGCGAGAUCUGUCUAAUGACCAUAUAGAUUUAGGCCAUCAGUUUCAAUCAGAAGUUGGACGGAGGGAAAGGGGUGAAUAUGAAGCAAGAAGGACUAUGAAAGAUAUAUCAGAAACACUGAAGAAAAUGCCACACGAAGAUCCCGUUGCUUCCAGAGUGGAAAGAAGACUAAAUGCUAUUCAGAACGAGUUACGAGGAGAUAGGGACAGACAUGCUUAUGAUCGUUACGAUGAAUUAUUGAAUUUAUCAACUGAUUUACGACAGGCAAUAAAUCAAAAUCAACAUUAUGCACAACAAGCAUCAGAUGAACGAGUCAGGAAUCAGUAUUUACAAUCAGAAGCCAAUAAAAUCAGAGUUGAGUCAGAUCUAGAUAACCUAAAGAGAAAACUAGACCAGAGUGAAGGAGGCAAAGUAGCUCUUCAAGCACAGGUCGAUGAAUUAAGGUCACAGUUACACAGAAUAGACAAUGAAAAAGGUCGUCUAAAACAACAGAUGGAUGACAGCCGAUAUGAAGACGAAGUUAGAGACAGAAGGAAAAAGAGAUCUGUGGAAGAGGAGAAGGACAGAGACAGAAGAUUAAUGGAGAGAGAAUUACAGGAGUUACGAGGACAGUUAACUCGAUCAAUUAGUGCUUCAAGUGAAAUGGAGGAAUUACGGCGAGGGAUAGAACGUAGUGAGCGACAGAGAGUUCAACUUUCAGAUCAUAUAGAGACGUUGACAAAAGAUUUAGAUAAUAGAGAAAAACAGGCUGCCAAGCUUAUUACACAAUUAAAAGAAAUGUCUGACAAGUUUGAAGCUUCUGAUCGGCAGAAGAAUCAGCUACAAACUAAUUACGAUGAUUCUUCUAAUAAAGUGAAAGAAGUUACGAAAGACUUAGAAAAAACGACUAAUGAAUUACGGAAUACACAGUUAUCAUUACAUGAGUCGGAGAAGAAAAAAGAUGAAUUCAAAGCUCGAGCUCAGGAAACUGUCAGACAAUGGAAAAUGAAAGUAAAACAAUUAGAGCGUGAAGUUGACCGACAUAAACAUGGUGCUAAUCAGUUAAUACAGAGAAAUGAACAGCUAGUCAAAGAUCUGGAAAGUCAUCGUCAUCAGCUACAUCAUAAUGGUAUGCAGAUGGAAAACAUGAAACGAGAGCUAGGGGAUGCAUUGGCUGUACGAGCUGCUCAGGAUGAACAGAUCAGAAUCAAAGAUGUAGAACUAAAUGAACUUAAAUCUGUAAGAAUGGAUAUGGACAGAGAAGUCAGAGACUCAAGAACAAUUGUUGAAAGGAUGGAGAAUGAAUUAAACAACAAUGCUGCUAAAUUAGCAACUGUAACAGAGGAGAGAAAUAGAAUAGAGGACAGAAUGUCUUCACUAGAGGCAGCACAUUUAUUGGCCCAGGAUCAGGCCAAUCAACUACAGCACGAAAUAAAAGAAUUGAGUUCUAUAAAGGCAGAGAUAGCGGCUAAACUGUCAGAAUCUAAUGGAAAAUUACAUGAUUUGAAACAGAAUUAUAUAGAGAUGCAGCAUAGAGAAAAGGCAGCCAGAGAUGAGGCAAAACUUUAUCAGAGACAGCUGCAUGAGGAAAGAGAAAAUCACCAAGAACAAAUAGAGUCCGUAAAACAAGAACUGAGUGAAGUAAAGGUUCGUGAAGCACAUGUCAUGCAGGAUAUUCAGAGGAAGAUGAAGAGAGGUCAUGCAGAGUAUGAAGCUACGAUACAAACAUUAAAGAUGGAGCUAUCAGAAGAAAAAUCGGCACAUAAAAUCUCUAAGAGAAAUGAAGAGAAGAACAGACUUGAAAGUGAGAAACUCACCAUAGAAAUGGUCAGAUAUGAAGAGGAGAAUGGACGAUUAAUGAGAAAGUUAGAGAAGAUUCGUCAAGAAUAUGAAACACAGACUCAAAUGGCAGAAAGUGAUAUUUCAAGGGUGAAAAGAGUUGAGGAAGAAUUGUUUUCAGUCCAGAAUGAUGCUAAAAGAUUCCAGGCAAAUUUCGAGGGUUUAUUACAUGACAUGGUAGCAGAAAUUGAUUCCUUAAUGGAGAUUACAGCUGUUGGCACAAGAAAUCCAUAUCAGCCUGUAGCCACAUCAACAGAUGGACCAAAUGCCACUAUCGCUGAAGCCAAGACUAAAAUGAAAUGGUUGAGAAGCGACAUGAGGAACAGAUUAACGAGAGAACAAAAGCUACGUAAUGAUUUACGUGAGGCCAUUAAUGCUAAUGAGAAUGAUAGACAGUACUUACUGUCAGAACUAGCCAAGCGUGAAGAUGUCCUAGACGAAUUAUCUGUAGUCAAACAUGAAUUAUCCAAGAGAGAAUUUGAUAGUCAAAGUGCUGUAGAAAACUUAAAGGAUCAUAUAUUAGAUUUAACAGAUGAAAUAGAACUUCGUAAAAUUAGAGAAGAAGAAAUUAUACGAUCUCAUGUGAUGGAUAAGAAACAUAUCAUUGAUGAAAUGGACGAUUUAAAGCAUGUACAAGAAGAGAAGGCACGUAUUGAGAACAGAUACCUCAAGUUACAGGAUACAAUGAGAGCAUUACAAGAUGAAAUUCAGUCGGCUAACUUCUGUGGGGCAAAGAUAACAGAAAUAGAAAAUAAUAUGCACAAUUUACGGAAAGCCACACCUAAGAAGAAAAGAGUUAGAAUACAAGACACGUCUCGUAGCCGAUCAAAAUCUCCACUCAGUCGAGCCAAGUCACCUCUCAGACCUAAGUCCCCGUUAGUCUAGUGAUAUUAUUUAUUGAUAGCAAUAUAACUUGAUAGAGACCAUGGCAGCUUGUGUAUUGUCAAGUAUUUGCCAUUAUUUAUUUUUUAGGCUAAUUACUAUGAGUAAUUAUAUGGAAAUAGAUGGUUGUUUCAACUUUGCAUUUAUGUUGCAGUGGAUAAAUGUUGAUGGAACUGUUAAGUUUGGUCAUACACUUAAACCAAACUAUAUAACGGUUUGUCACAUUUGAUGUUGCCAAGUAUCACAUGAUCAUUAAGAUGAAUAUUUUCUUACGAAAUCUGACGCAAGGAAUGCAGAAAAAAUUCAUAUAAAUACAUGUAUCACAUGAAAUCUCAAGAACAUGUAGUUGGUGACUUCACUAAGGUCAAAUUACUUGACAUUGUACUUCCGUCCAUUUUUUUUCUGUUGUUAUUUAUAAUAUAUCCAAUCAUUCCAAUAAUAGCAAAUGAACUUUGAACUUUGAUUAUAAUAUUAAUGGUUGUUAAAGCAUUUUUUAUAUAUUUGAAAAUAUUAUUUUUAAGAUAUUUUUGUAAAGGUUAAUUUAUAGAAAUCUCAUUCCAUUGAAUUUUUCUACAUUCCAACAUUCAAUAAUUAUGAUUUUUUUUCUAUUUGACAGUUUUCCAUACUUUGUUAUAUUGUUUAUUAUUGUCUAAGAGGAUUAUUAUCUCCCUUUUCCCGAAGUUAAGUCACAAAUGAAAUGUUAUUUUGAUAAAAUUGUUUGUUUGAAUUGAGUCAAUUAAGAUUUUUUUUGUUAUGUUCCUAACAAUCAUGAUAGGAUAUCUGGUAGGUCAUACAUGGUUUUAUUUAAAGCUAGUGUUAUUUUGCAUCCUCGAUAUCUUGACACUUUCGAAGAACAAGUUUACUCAUACCUUACAACUACUCUAUAUAUUAAUGGGGGAUUUUAAGCAUGAGAAGACCUAUUGCAUCUCUAUAUAAACAUGUUAUAUAUGUUAUCUAAUAUGCUAUGGUUGUGUAUGGGUAAAUAUGUGCUUAAAUAUCAUUUUCACCCCUUUGAAUACCUGUUUUGAGGUACAUGUAUUGAGUUUAUUUAAGGCAAACUUUUAAGAGUACUUUAUAGGGGGAAGUACCACAUGUAUAGAAAGAAAAAUAGCAGGUCUGUUAAGUACCAAAAUGAUACUUUUUUGGCAACUGUAGAAUUCUAAUUAAUGCCAGAAUUCCAACAAGUCUUCUCAAGGCAGGACAAAAGUAGAAAUUUGAUCUCUUCUUCUAUCUAACAAGAGCAUAGAAUAAUAUAUUUUGAUCAGCCCUCGUUUCGUAAACUUGUCAAGAUUUAGGGGCAUGCAGUAACAUUUAGCAACAUUAUCUGUGAUAUAUACAUGUAGAACCAUACCAGUAUUUGUUUUUGUACUUAUGUAGAUAUUGUAUAUAUAUAACACUAUUUUUAUGAUUUAGAUUUUCAAAAUAACAUACAUGAACAACAAAAUCAAACAAAUACCUUAUAACUAUUUAUAAUAUUUGAUUUUAUUUAUGGUAGAUUUUAAAUGUUAGACAUUAAGUAUACAUUGCCUUGUCCCCUAGUGCUGGAUAUUUUAUAUUUUUUACGGUAGAUACAGCAUUUAAUUUAUUUAUCAGGGUGGAUGAAUGUUGUCCAAGUGUUGAUGAUUCAUAACUUAAAUUUCGGUACAAUUUUACGAAAUAUUUUAAAAUAAUUUCUGUAACUAUCAAAAAUAAAUGUAUUGAUUUUUUUUUUUAAAUUGGAAUAUUAAUUGUCAGUUCAAAUGAAUAAAUUCCAAUCACGUUUUUUUUUUAAAGUAAUGUUUAACAGAGACAUCAGCUUCAAAACUUUGUUUGCUGAAAAUUAAAAAAUUUUAGAAACUAUUUUUUUAAGGAAAGAUUUUAGCUAGACAACAAAUGUAUCAGACUUCAGUAUAUUUUUUAAAACACUUGGGAAUUUAACUAAGCUUUUUUAUAUCAAUAUAUGAAAGUUUAUAGAACUGAACAUAAUUAUUUUAUAUCUUAAGGUUGUACAUGCAGGAACAUAAGUUUACAAUGUUAUGAAUGUUUACAUGUGAGAGUGUUUUACAAGUCUGAGAAAUAAAAAUGAA